CAUUGCAACCCAUGAUCCAUUCAGUUCCAGGCGUGAACUCGACACGUGGACCGUUGGCUAUAUAACAGUCGCCUUUUUCCCCCCAUCUCCAGCCACUUCAACAAUCAUGCCAGAGGUCCCGAUACCGCACCCGCCCGCAGUGAAAGUCGGAGGCCGUCGUCUCUCGCUCUCCGCAAGGCAUAAACCGCACGUCGAUACAUCUACUACUGAGCCGGCACCAAUCAGAGCUGUCGACGACACCGUCUUGGACUAUCCGAGGCCCACAGGGCCUCCCACUGCAGGGGAGGAAAGACAUGAUCCGCACAAUCAAGAGGAGUUGCCGCCAAAGAAGGACAAGAAGCAGCAUGGUUAUCUCGAGAACGAGAAGAAGAUGAGGGAGUUUGCGCACUACAAGGCUGAAGCUAAUCGGCCCACGAGGGAUGUGCAGCCUGAGCACAAGGUCUUUGGCGCCGGCGGGAGGAUCGCUCAGCCUGCAGGUAAAGGCAUUGAUAUGUGAGUGGGGCCGGGUUCGAAGCUAAACAAGAAGUGUACGAUUAUUGUCUGGACGCAAUCGCUGUCGUAAUAAUUAUAGUUUGAUAAUAAGUAACAUUUUACCCCGCAGUGCUUUAAGGCACCUGCGUAUGCAUGUCCACA